AUGCACGCCGUUCAUCAACCAUCUCUCGUGUCGCUGGUGGUGGAGCCCCUGCAAGGACCGCUUCGACAGGGGACGUGGACCGAGGCCGAAGUCGCGUACGUCGCGCUCUUGUCCAAGUUCUUCAAGGCCGGGCUGUUGGAAUGUGUCGAACCAGGCCAUAGCAUUCGCAAGUGGCUGGCGAGCAUAAUCAAGUGCGACCCCAUGCGCAUCAGCAAACGUUUGACGAAAUCCGCCAGGCUUGGAAUUGUACCAUACAAGCGCAACCAACCUAGCCUAGACGCAAUGUCCUCGUUUGAGCGUCGUGCGUGUCUGCAAGCGCUCGAGGCCGCUCGCUUGGCAGUCGAAAAUGACCUGCAAAGUCGAUCGACUUCAUUGGAUUGGAAUGCAGUACGUUGUCGAGUGCGGUCACGACGGCACCGCAAAUACAUGCAGCCAACCCUGUGCGGCGUCAUCGAUAGCUUGCUUGAAGACCUGGAAAUGCCAUUGAUCAGCUUGAAUGCACUCAGAUUAUCUUCCCCCCUCCAUGAAGAGCAAGCAGUCGACGACAAGAUGGCCAUGUGCUAUGAAGAGUCGGCCAUAAAAUACGUCAAGUUCAAGUUGGACGAGCGUGAGCUGUUCCAACCUCGCGAUGCCACGUACUUUGAGGUUGGGGUGGUGGUGAUGUAUUCGGUCACCACGAGAAACAAACUCGGACAAGCGGUCCUCUUCCUCGCCCGUCAAGCGGACACGUUCCCCUGCAUGCCCGCGGUGCCUGAGGUGGUGCGCAUGCAGUUCCAAGAGUGGUUUGUGUUUACGCAAUACACGACAAACAACUCGGUUGAAUAUGUGCAUUAUUACAGCGGUAACCCCAAGCGCAGCUACCCCGCUGCCCGCCAACGGUACAUCCUCGACCACGUCCACCACAUGCCCUCCACGAGAUGUUCAACACUCGAAGCUGGAGUACCAUGCACCAAUUGGUGUACUUGCAUCGCCCCUUUAAAGCCAGGUCGGCCACGAUGCCACGGAUGUUCUCGACCCACGUUCUCCAAGUGCCAAGUGCACAUCCCGUCGGCGCAGCAGUCCAAGCACGAUCUGGAUACGGUGGCUUACAUCGACUUCCGGAAAACCUAA